AUGCAGGCCGCACAAAGCUGGGCGCAAAAUGCUCGUAUUUUGUUAGAUCAAAAAGAACGAAAAACGAAGGAAAUUUCGGAAAUCAAAACCAAAAAAGAUUUCGAUGAGUCAACGGCGAUGUCGGAAUGCACACAAAUAAGGCCACGAACGCGGUCCUUGAGCCUUUUGUGCGAAAAGAAACGAAACGUAGGUCCUUUUCCUUGGCCCUCAGGGCAUGAACUGUGCGAAUUUCGUUUGGGAAAUGAUUUACUGUUGUUUUAAUUUACAGAAGCCGCCAUCCGAUGAAGGCUGGGAGUAUGUGGAUGCUAUUGAAGCGACACAAGAGCUGGGCGAUGUUUCGUUUUUUGAGAGCAAUGCUGGAUAUCGAACUGUAAGUUGGUUUUUGUUAUUUUGUUUUUGAUUUUAGGUGGUAUUGAUCGCUGAGGAGGUAAAAAAAUUCUACUUUCUUUUGUGAACGUUUUAAGAUUAAUUUCAAAGCUGGUUUUGUCCGAUUUUAUAGAUUUUGAUUAAUUUUAAAAUCAGGACAGCAUGGAUAAUAUUGUUUUGAAGUUUUUAUUGCCCCAAAGUUGAAAAACUGACAUUUUGUUUUUAUGAGUAGAUAGCCAAGUCUCUAGUUGCCAUUAUUAGUAACAAAUUGUUUUAUUUUAGGAAAAUGUGCACUUAUAUUUAAGUGAUAUGUACAUAAUGUGUUCCGAACGUGAGAGAUGGAGAAGAUUCACUCAAAACAUUGAUUUCACCAAAGAUCCUGGGGCAAUAACACACAAAGAGCAUAGUCAGUCUUUAGUGGAUAUGAACGAAACCGAAUUAACUGUACAGAAUGAUUCAUCAGUUCAUAAUGAUCAACCAUGUACAAGUUCUACAUUACUUGAUGUGCAAGAUAAAAAUGAUGAAUAUCUUGAUGAAUCAAAGAGGAAGAUCAGUUCAGAUGGGCGUAAAAGGAUGGACAAAGAUUCUGAUGAGGUGGUAAACGCAUUGGUUGAUUAUUAUGAAGAUCGGAAAAGGGUGAAACCUGAGGAUGAAGACUGGGUGAACAUGAUCAAGAACGGAAAUGGGCCAAGUGAGGUAAGUUUUGGUCUUUUGAUAAGGUCUUUGGUAUUUUCUGAUUAAAAUUUAUGGUUUUUAAAUAUUUUUAAGUGUUUUCUUAAAAUAAAGUAUGAAUUAAAAUAGUUUUUAUGCAGGAACUAACAUUAAAGACCUUGUUUUAGUUGUUGGACAUGGCCAAAUACAUGCCUUUGCCUCCGGACGAAGCCAUUGGAUCUAGGACUGAUUUGCGUGGAGCUCCCGUAUGGAGGCCUUUGAAACGAAAGUUUAUUUAUGAUCUGGAAGAGGUUCGAGAGUAAGUUUUACAGAAUUUAUAUUGUUUUUUGAUUUAGGUUAUCUUCACCUACUUCCUUUUUUUGCUUUUUACUGAAAACUUAAAAAAAUCUUAAAAAAUUAUGAAAAAGUUUUAGUUUUCAAACGAUGCUCAAAGAUCAGAACAAUUGCUGUGAAGGAUGUGGCAGAAAGAUGGACAAGUUAUACGAAAGAAGGGCUCGAGUUUGUUUCUACUACAACAAGAUCUUUUGCCAAUGUUGUCAUAGAGGUGCGAAGGCGCGGAUACCGGCUAGGAUAUUGCAUCAGUGGAAUUUUAAGUAUGAUAUUGAUUUUUAAAAACUUUUUUGAUGUUUUUAAUAUUCUUUUUUGCUGAUUUUUUGAAGUUUUUUGGCUAAAAAUGGCACUUUUGUCAUGAUUUUGAUCGAUUUUUUAAAUUUAAUGACAUUAUCUUUUUUGAAAUUUAAAAUGAUUUUUUUACAGAGAAUACCCAGUAUGUGAUGUAGCCGAAAGUUUUCUUCACGAAAACGAGUCUAUACCUGUCUACGACGUCUUUGCCAUCGAACCGAGGUUAACAUUGAAAAUCAAAAAUUUGGGAAAAGUGAGGAGAAUCCGACUGGUAAUCUCACACCUAUGGCAAUUCAUACAACUUUGUCCGAGAAGUACCGAAAUUGAGACUAGGAAUGGAAUGUAAGUGGAUAUUAUAACAUGUUAAUGUACUGUAAGGUAAAAAUCAAUACUAUUGGGUUGUUCAAGUAAUUCUGGGCUCUCUAAUUUUUAAAAUUUGCUUGGAAAAGGGCACAACAUUUUUUGAACGACCUAAUAGUACCGAUUUCUAUCUUAUAGAGUACAGGCUAUACCAAUCAAGCUGAAAAAAUUUUUUAGAUUAAAAAUGGACUUUUAGGUCAUUUUAUGACCUUUUCAAAUAUAUUUUUAUAUGUACUCAUAUUUAUUUUGUCAUCUUUUUAAAGAAAAAUUUCGCGUCAAAAAGAGUUGGACAGUUUUCUACUGAUUUACUUAAUAAAAUGUUCAAUUCUUUUUGACGCGGCCGAUUUUAUUGUCAAUUUUAAUGAGAUACGACAGUUUUUGAUAGGAAUGCUGACUAGAGAUUGUGUAUAAGAUAUUAAGCUAUGCUUUUACAGUUUAAGAACCAUGUUCGAGUCAAUACCGCCGAGAUACAGAGAGCUUGAGAAGGUAUCCAUCUACUCCAUAAUCGACUUUGAACGAAUUGAAAAUGGAAAUUUGAUCGAAAUCUUGGAGCCAUUGGAGAAACGGGGUAUCGAGCAUGUCUUGAGCUGUCUGGUAAGUUAUUUUGAAAAAUUAAAAAAAAAGUUUUUUUUUGAAAAAACUUUAAAAAUUAAAAAAAUAAAAAUUUAUAAAUUUUAGAUAUGCCAGCAGCGAGGCUUCCUAUGUCAGGUAUGCAUGCAACCCAAAGACAUUAUUUUUCCUUUCCAAAUUGACAAGAUUUCGCGGUGCGAAGGGUGUGGAAGCUUGUCACAUAAGAAGUGUUACCACAAAUGGCUGAAGAAGUACACCAGCUGGAGGUGUGGACGAUGUGAACGAUUGAGGAAGAAAAGGUAACAUUAUUUUCGUUUUUAUUCUUACAUAAUAUCACCCCUGCAUUUAUUUUUACCCCUUAUCUUUAUCCUUACCUCUACUCCUACCUCUACUCUAGACAUGAGGAACGGGCCGGACUUUGAUCUUCAGGCUUGGCUCGAUUUAAAUUUAGAUCAAGGUCGGUCUGGUUCGUUUCUUAUUUCAUCUUAAGUCCUACUCUUAAUACACGCGUGAUGUUUCUAAAAUCUAUAUCAAUAUAAGAUUGCAUCAAAUUUCUGCGUUGUUACCUAAUAUUGAUGGUUUAGAUAGCCUUAGAGAAAAUGCAAGAAACUGUAUUACGCAAUGUUUUCUUAUGUAAUAUAUGUUAAUUUUGUAAUAUUUGCCUCGGUGUAAAACGACCCAAUAAAUUACUGCGAGGGUUGGGAUAUUACUCUAUAUUACUGCGAGGUAUCACUUUUUUCUGCCAUUGUUUUUGAACGUUAAUCUAGGUAGUCAUACUCUUUUCUUCAACUUGUACUUCUACUUCUGUUCUUACUCUACCCUACUCUAUUUUACUACAACUUACCCAUACCUCUAUCUGGACAAUUACCUUUCGCUUUAACCUAUACUUACUCCUACUGACGCCUAGCUCUACCCAUACUCUUCCUUAUCUUUACUAUUAUACUAUCUUAUCCACAACCUGUGUAAUGAAGAAAUUUUUUGAAGUACAAUAGUAAUAACUUGUUAUAGAUUUAGAUUGAGCCACCAAAACGGAGAUUCGAGCAAUUCCGACUGA